AUGUUUUGCGUACGUGACAUUGUCAAAGAAGCAGAGGGAUUGAAUGAGAGAGAAAGAUGGAAAGAAAGAAAAGAAAAAGCCUUGACGAGGGAGAAAAAAGGACGGCAUGGAAACUGUUUCUGCAACGCGAUGGAAGCUGAAAUGCGCAAGACCUUUCUUUUAAAAUUCCCUGCCAUCGUCUUGAUUGAUGACAAUGAGCAGAGGCAAGAAAACGAUUGA